CUCUCUAUAUGGUUAUCUUUUCAUAAGGAAGCAAAUAUUACAAUAAUAAACAAAUAAAAAUCAAUGAAACUACCAAAAUCAGUUGUAACACCUCUUACCUACCAACUCAAGUUAGUUCUUAAUUUGCUCCACCAAACAACUAAAAUACAAUCACCAACAUAUGAUAAAAAAAGCUUGCAAGUCAUAUAUAUUUUCCUGCAUUGGCAGAUCAAAACACCCCACUGAAAUCUAUCCCAGUUUUAUGCCCUUUCUUUCAGGCAUAAAACAUACUGACCCAAAUUUUACUUCUCCUUCUAGAAUCAAUAUAAGUAACCCUUCUAUUUAUGCACUUUCAUAAUGCAAUAAAUCCCAAAAAUACACAAAAAAGACAAAAAAAGAAGCUUUUUCAAUAGUGUAUCAAUGUCUCCUGUAGGAAAUGGCAAUACCCAAAAUGAAGUUCCACAAAUCCCAUAUGUCAACCUUAAAGAGACCUUAAACCAUCACAAAGAGUACUCUCAACGAGCCAAACCGAGCAUAUCGCCCACCCUCGGUGAUCUUCUCAAAUGGGCCUAUAAGAAUGAGUCAGAUGGUGAAGACAAGCCACCACAUCAUGUUGUUGAGCUAAGGGAUGCUAACCCUAAGCCUAUAAUUACAAAUCCAUUUGUGCUUUCUUUCCAUAAUCUUACUUAUAGUGUGAAAAUCAACACAAAGAUGUCACUUUUACCUUCCUGUUUUGAGCACAGAAGUUCAAAUGGGUUAGACCAAAAAGUGCUAUUAAAUGACAUAUCAGGAGAAGCAAAAGAAGGGGAGAUCAUGGCUGUGUUAGGGGCUAGUGGUUCGGGAAAAUCCACUCUGAUUGAUGCGUUAGCUGAUAGGAUAUCGAAAGAUAGUUUAAAAGGAUCAGUCCUUAUGAACGGUGAAGUUUUGGAGUCCAAACUGUUGAAAGUUAUAUCAGCUUAUGUUAUGCAGGAAGAUCUUCUGUUUCCGAUGUUGACUGUGGAAGAGACUCUUAUGUUCUCCGCUGAGUUUCGACUUCCAAGAGCUCUUUCAAAGUCGAAAAAGAAGGCUCGAGUUGAAGUACUCAUUGACCAGCUCGGUUUAAGAAAUGCUGCGAAUACAGUCAUAGGUGAUGAGGGCCAUAGAGGGGUUUCGGGUGGAGAAAGGAGGAGGGUCUCGAUAGGUACUGAUAUCAUACAUGAUCCGAUUGUGUUGUUUUUAGAUGAGCCAACUUCAGGGCUUGACUCCACCAGCGCGUUCAUGGUUGUCAAGGUUCUUCAAAGGAUUGCACAGAGUGGAAGUAUUGUUAUAAUGACGAUACACCAACCAAGUUCGAGAAUUCUCAACCUUUUGGAUCGAUUACUUUUCCUCUCACGCGGACAAACUGUUUUCGGUGGAACCCCUUCGGACUUACCAGAGUUUUUCUCUGAGUUUGGGAAGCCAAUCCCUGAGAAUGAGAAUAGGACUGAGUUUGCGUUAGAUCACAUACGGGAGCUCGAGGAAUCUAGUGAGGGAACACAAGAAAUGGUCAUGUUUAACAAGAACUGGCAGCAGCAGCAGCAGAGGAGGAAUAAUGUUUGGCCUAAGAUGUCUCUUAAUGAUGCAAUUAGUGCUAGUAUUUCUAAAGGGAAGUUGGUAUCCGGAGCAGCUAAUGAUGACUCGAACCCCACCUCAGUUCCAAAGUAUGCAAAUCCAUUCUGGCUUGAGGUGUAUGUAAUCGGGAAAAGAUCACUGCUAAACUCGAGGAGGAUGCCCGAGUUAUUUGGCAUUCGUUUAGGUGCAAUUGUGGUAACGGGCACAAUCUUAGCCACAAUUUUCUGGCAUCUAGACCAAUCUCCAAAAGGUGCUCAAGAGAGACUCGGCUUCUUUGCUUUCGCAAUGUCUACCAUGUUUUACACGUGUGCUGAGGCAAUUCCGACCUUCCUGCAGGAAAGAUACAUCUUCUUGAGAGAAACUGCCUAUAAUGCAUACAGACGGUCUUCCUAUGUCCUUAGCCACGCCCUAAUCUCGAUCCCAUCUCUGAUUAUACUUUCUCUUACGUUUGCUGCCAUUACUUUCUGGGCGGUGGGCCUAGCAGGCGGUCUCCAGGGCUUUCUCUACUACUUUGCCUUCAUUUUAGCGUCGUUUUGGGCAGGCCAUUCCUUCGUGACCUUCCUCUCAGGAGUGGUGACACACGUCAUGCUUGGGUUCACAGUUGUCGUGGCUAUUCUAGCGUACUUUGUUCUCUUCAGUGGAUUCUUCAUAACACGUGAUCGAAUCCCCUCUUAUUGGCUAUGGUUCCAUUACAUCUCGCUUGUUAAGUACCCUUAUGAAGGUGUUCUUCAGAACGAGUUCAGUGACCCUACAAAGUGCUUUGUAAAGGGAGUUCAGAUGUUCGAUAACACCCCGCUUCAGGCCGUUCCAGACGUUCUCAAGUUAAAGCUGUUGAAAAGUAUGGGAGAAGCAUUAGGAAGAAAUCUUACAAGCACGAGCUGUGUAACAACAGGUUUGGACAUACUGCAGCAGCAAGGGAUUACAGAUUUGAGUAAACUGAGUUGCCUCUGCAUCACUAUUGCCUGGGGUUUCUUCUUCAGAUUCCUGUUCUAUAUCAGCCUGAUGCUUGGAAGCAAAAACAAGAGAAGAUAAUUAGAUGCACCUGUUGAGUUAAACGUUUUCGUUUUACUGAUCAAAACUCGGAUUUAGACCCUUUUUAAAAUAUCUAAUUGUACGUUGAGAUUUAUUUAGUUUCACAUAUUAUCAUUUCAUUGUUUUAUCCCCAUUUACAUGUAUCUUCACAACAGAAAUAAAAUGCAAAACAUUUUGCAUGUUAAAUAUGAAAA